AUGACCAGAAGAGCAGCUGAUUCGCCCAUCCCAGACAAGCCUGAGGAUCCUUUCCCGUUGGUGACGGACUACUGUGAUAUAGUUGGUGGAUUUGGUCGCGGAUCGGCUGAACUUGGUAUUCCGACUGCAAACAUCCCGGUCAAUCAAUUGCCCAAAGCCAUCAAUGAUCUGGAAUUGGGCGUGUAUUUUGGGUUUGCCAAAUUGAGACCAGUGGACCAUGGAGAGGAGGUUUUUACCAGAAAGAACGGUGCUAAAGUGCUUAUGAACUACGGCCGUAAUCUGGACAGGCAAAACGGUGAUCUAGAUCCCAUGCCAGUGGUUCUCUCUGUCGGCAAGAAUCCAUUUUACGGCAACGAUUUCAAGACCGUAGAGCUACAUAUCAUUCAUGAGUUUAAAGACUCGUUUUAUGGUGCCCAAGUUAAAUUCAGCAUACUAGGCCACAUUAGACCAGAGCUAAACUACACCACUAAAGAGGCAUUGAUAGAGGACAUUAACAUUGACAUUCUCACAGCCCUAGAGGCCCUGGAGAUGGAUAGCUUCAAAGUUUAUCGAUCCCAACUGGCGGAUUGA